AGAUAACAUAAACACGCUUCAGUAGGCAGAGCCAAAUAAAGGAACCCAAAAGCCUUUUCUUUGUCAUCUGCGAUUUCCUCUUCUCUGCCAUUACUCUCCUCCCUCUAACGAAUUCUGCUUCUCACUAGAUGGCAAAGCAAAAGAAACGCCUCCGUUAUCAAAGCCAGAGGGAAGAAUCUGCACCUCGUUCACCUGUGCAGAGCAACUCUCCCUCUCCGCCUCUUGUUUCAGAGAAUCAGGAAGAAGGACAAGGGGACAGGAACACCAAUACUCCUGUUCCUAUCACUGAAACUCCGAGAAUGGAGCAAAGGUCCCCUGUUACUGAAUUCGAAGGAAAACAGAGCAUGUUGAUUCGACUGCUCCACAUUCAGCUGCGGACCUGUCAUCAGAGGGUGGAAGUUUGAAUGGUUAGUUCCAUUGUGUGUUUUUUUUUUUAUUUCGGAUGGCUUACUUCUGUCUUUGCAUUGUAGCUGACUAUAAGUUCUGACCUUGUGAUAGGGACGACCAAAAAAAGAAAAGGAAGAGGACCAGGAAAGGGUGUAAAGCCUGGACACAACCUGUCCCUGGAAUUUCACGAUAACAGGUAUGUAAUAAUGUUCCUUGGAAUUU